AUGAGUUGGCGAGGAAGAUCAACCUAUCGGCCUAAUCCAAGACGCUGUGUGCAACCUCCUGAGAUGAUUGGGUAUACGCUGCCCAAGCUGUUCAGCGAUAAAGAAGUGGAACCACCAAAACCUGAAGAAAGGGAAGCAGCAACUGAAAGUCAGGAUCCUGCACCUGCUCAGGAGGGAGAGGAUGAGGGAGCAUCUGCAGGUCAAGGGCCGGAGCCUGAAGCUGAUAGCCAGGAACAGGUUCACCCCCCAAAGACUGAGUGUGAGCAUGGAGAUGGUCCUGAUGUCCAGGAGAUGCGCCUGCCAUAUCCAGAGCAGGCGAAACCGCCCCAAGCAGGGCGGGAGCCUGAAGCUGAUAGCCAGGAGCAGGUUCACCCGAAGACUGGAUGUGAGCGUGGAGAUGGUCCUGAUGUCCAGGAGAAGCGCCUGCCAAAUCCAGAGCAGGUGAAACCGCCAGAAGCAGGUGAAGGGCAAUCACAGUGUUAAAAGAAGAUACACGGAAAUGAUGCAGGCUGCUCCUAUGUUGGAAAUUUGUUCAUUUAAGUUCUCUCAAUAAAGCUUUAUAGCCUUCUGCAAA